AGGGGAGAACGAGGCCGCGGAGGACGAGGACGUUUUGGAUCCAGAGUGGGACCCGGCACUGGGUUCAGGCCCUUCGUCCCGCACAUUCCAUUCGAUUUCCAUGUGUGCGAAAUGGCGUUCCCCCGCGUCAAGCCCGCCCCGGAUGACGCCCUCUUCAGUGAAGCCUUGCUCAAACGAAACCAAGACCUCGCACCAACAGCUGCAGAGCAGGCCUCCAUCCUUUCACUGGUAACAAAAAUCAACAACGUCGUCGAUAACCUGAUUGUGGCCCCAGGAAACUUCGAAGUGCAAAUUGAAGAAGUGCGACAGGUCGGCUCAUACAAGAAAGGAACAAUGACCACCGUGCACAAUGUGGCAGAUCUGGUUGUCAUCCUGAAGAUCCUCCCCACAUUGGAAGCCGUCGCAGCCCUCGGAAUGAAAGUAGUUGAAACCCUCAGAACACAGGAGCCCUCUGAAGUACUUUCUAUGCUCACAAACGAAACCGGCUUUGAGAUCAGCUCUGCUGAUGCCACUGUGAAAAUCCUCAUCACCACCAUCCCUCCAAACCUGAGGAAGCUGGAUCCCGAGUUGCACUUGGACAUCAAGGUUCUACAGAGCGCCCUGGCAGCCGUCCGACACGCUCGUUGGUUUGAAGAGAACGCCUCCCACUCCACCGUGAAGGUUCUGAUCCGAUUGCUCAAGGAUUUGCGGUCACGAUUCUUGGGCUUUGAACCCCUCACCCCCUGGAUUCUGGACCUUUUGGCUCAUUACGCCGUCAUGAACAACCCUUCCAGGCAGCCGCUGGCUCUCAAUAUUGCCUACAGGCGGUGCCUCCAGAUCCUGGCUGCUGGCCUCUUCCUCCCCGGCUCUGUAGGGAUUACCGAUCCUUGUGAGAGUGGAAACUUCAGAGUUCACACCGUGAUGACCCUGGAACAGCAGGACAUGGUAUGUUACACCGCUCAGACGUUGGUCCGCAUCCUGUCUCACGGAGGAUACCGCAAGAUCCUUGGCCUGGAGGGUGACGCAGGUGCUCUGGCCACAGAAAUGUCCACCUGGGAUGGAGUUAUCGUGACUCCAUCAGAGAAGGCCUAUGAGAGACCUCCGGAGAAGAAAGAGGGCGAGGAGGAGGAGACGACCCAUGAGAUCCCAGAGGGAACAGAGGAGGAGGAGAACAUGGAGACACAGGAGUGA